AUGGCUCGAUAUCUCAACCCGGCCAAAGUCGGCCUUCUUGCCCUCGUAGAGCUCUAUGUUGAAGGUGCCGUGCCGAGUGAUGCCAUCCUGCCUGUGCUAUCCUUUGUCACUUCUCAUCUGAUGGACCACACUCCUUCAAAAGCAUCCGCUAACCAGUCUGAGCGAUGGAGCAAGGCAGAGCGCACUGUCGGGCUCGUCAUCAGCAUCAAAGAUUUCGAGAAACUCCUUGGAAGUUACCCCUUCCUGAUGGGCAUGCCUGGACGAAGAUUAUGGGACCAGUUUCUCGGCAAGCUUUGGGAUAUCAACUCCUUAGAUGCCCUCCACAACUUUUUCGACAAUCUGUCUGAGAUGCUGGCAAAGACAAAAGAGGAGCGAAAAAGACUGGCUGAAUUAGGCCUGCCUAUAGAAACAGAGGAAGGCAUCAAACUCUCGCCAAACUCUCCCUUUGGAACAUUCGUACGGAGAGCAAGACUUGAAUACCAACGACUACAAUUCCACGACUGUACAGAGUUGUGGAAACAUUUUGUGCGAUAUCGACAACCAACUGCCUCUUAUCUAAAGCGCAAAAUCCCGGGAUUUGGGCGACUGAGUUUUGACAAUGUCCUUUUGAUGGGCGAACAAGAGGACUGGGAUCACCAGAGCGUUAUGGCAUUGGCCUCAGUUGCUUACGGUGACAUGCUCACAGGAGACCAGAGCGGGUCACUUCCUGUGAGUACUGACGAUAUUGAGAGUCUCUUGGAGUUCCAGAUCGAACAGAUGCAGAAGUUUGGCAACAGGGUGCCGCUUGAGAUCCGCCAUCAGUUCCAUGACCUACUCAACGAUAGUUACCUUGUCCCUAGUCUGACACACUACCUCAAGUUCCUUGACGCGUGGAGAGCUGGGGACUAUCCCACCGCAUUCGAUUAUCUUCACAGGUACUUUGACUACACCAUGCAGAAUCGAGACCGCUUGUUCUACCAGUAUGCUCUGAUGAACCUUGCCGUUCUGCAAGCCGACUUUGGCUGUCACAAAGAAGCAGUAGCUGCCAUGCUCGAGACCGUGUCGACAGCCCGAGAGAAUCGCGACAUGACGUGCCUCAACUUUGCUUUGAACUGGCUCUUUCACUUUGGCCGCGCACAUCCCGACCUUGUCCAGAACUUGGAAUCUAAUAGUAUGCUUGGUACUGGCAAGGAAAGCUUGGCCUUUCUUCGAGUUAAAGCGAAGGAGACAGGCAUGUGGACGCUGUGGAGCUCGGUUCUACUCAGCGAAGCCAAACUCGGGCUCCUCAACGGUGAUAGCGUGGCUACGGCGUUUGAGUCUAUAGUUCGAAGCUCGCACAUUAUUGUCGAGAGGAACAUGAAGAACAUGUUUGGUUCACAUUUCUCGCUCACUUCAGCUCUAUGGGAUAGGCUUGGGCUGUCAACGCUUUCGUCAGCCACUUGCGAGGUCUUCCUGAGAUGCCAUGCCCGCAACGCCAUAUUUGACGAUGAGCUCAAGCUGACUUGCCGCCUUGCUCUUUUAUUAGCAUUGCGUGGUCGUUAUGUUGAGGCAUUAAGCAAGUUGGAACAAUUGGAAGAAAACUCUCUCAGGUCUUGGAAGCCAAGCCAAUACUGGCACAAGUAUCAAGGAAUCAUCAAACUGAAGAGAGAUCUACAUCACAACAACCUGGAAGGAGCCGAGAGACUGCUAUCUCAAAUAAUACAGUCCAAGAUGGACGAUCUUGAACCUGACAUGGCGUUUUUGGUCGAUACUCUACAUAUCGACUAUCUGACUCGUCGAGGAGACCUUCAAGCAGCGUUUUCCAAAGUUGAUGACAUGAUGUCCCAACUCGAAGACGAAAAGAAGGACGUCGUUCUUCGUGUUAAACUACUUUUACUCAAGGCCUCUCUCCUCGACAAGUGUGGCCGGCCUCAGAGAGGGUUCACAACCGCCAUGCGAGCUGCAAGCAUUUCGUGGGGAGCUCGUCUGAUUCCUUGUCUCUGGCAGGCGAUCGGAUGUGUGUCGAACAUUCUGAUUUCAUUGGGAGAAUUCGGCGCGGCUUCUCAACUCUUGCUGGCUAUCAUUCCCCGCUCUUUAGAGUGCGAGACCGCAAGCCUGGCAGCUCAACUCUACUGCUAUCUUGCUGAUGCGUACAUGGGUGUUGCUGGUAAAUGCGAGCCCAAGUCGUCAAAACGAACGGAAUACAUGACAAAGGCUCUCGCAGCUGUACAAAAGUCUUUCGACCACUACUCAAGUAUUGAAGAUAUCAACAUGCAAUGUCAAAUGAUGGCGAAGAAGGCCAUGAUCAUGAAGUUAACGGGAGAUUUGACAUUGGCGGCAGACUACGCUGCGGCGUAUGUAUCACUCAAGAAGACAGCUGAAUCACUCAGCCAUGGAGGGUAA